CAGUAGCCCCGCUCCUCUAAACUUCUCACCAGUAGCCUACAUCAACUCCUUGGAGCGGGGCGUGGACUGUCCGCUCCUAAAUUUGAGCAGACGGACGACUUUCGGGAAAAAAAAAAAGAGAAACUCACAAGAAACCGAUCGAUAAGCAGCCGGCUACAUGAUCCUGACAUUAAAGCAGACUGAAGGAGAACCACACACCCCAGAGAGGACACCUACAGUAUAACCAUGGAUGACAUCUUCACACAGUGUCGAGAAGGAAACUCUGUGGCUGUCCGUCUGUGGCUGGACAACACAGAGAAUGACCUCAACUUAGGUGAUGACCAUGGUUUCAGCCCCCUCCACUGGGCAUGCAGGGAAGGAAGGAGCGGUGUGGUUGACAUGCUCAUCAUGAGAGGUGCUCGGAUUAAUGUGAUGAACCGUGGAGAUGAUACACCGUUACAUCUCGCAGCCAGCCAUGGACAUAGAGACAUUGUUGCGAAGCUGAUUCAGUGCAAAGCUGACCCCAAUACAGUUAAUGAACAUGGAAACACACCACUCCACUAUGCCUGCUUCUGGGGCCAAGACCAAGUGGCGGAGGAUUUAGUUGCCAGCGGUGCCCAGGUGUGUAUAUGUAACAGGUAUGGUCAAACACCUUUGGACAAGGCCAAGCAACACUUAAGACAACUGCUUCAAGAAAAGGCAGAGAAAAUGGGCCAGAACAUGACCAAAGUCCCCUACAAGGAAACUUUCUGGAAAGGCACCAUGCGAACACGACCUCGUAAUGGUACCCUGAACAAGCAGGCCGGUAUUGAUUACAAGCAGCUAUCGCUUCUAGCCAAGAUCAAUGAAAACCAGUCUGGAGAGUUAUGGCAGGGUCGAUGGCAGGGGGACGAGAUAAUAGUGAAGGUGCUACAGGUGAGGGACUGGACCACAAGGAAGAGUAGAGACUUUAAUGAGGAGCAUCCGAAGCUGAGGAUUUUUUCUCACCCAAACAUUCUCCCUGUUCUCGGUGCUUGUCAGUCGCCUCCAUCCCCUCACCCCAUAAUUAUUACCCACUACAUGCCAUAUGGAUCCCUCUAUAACAUCCUGCACCAGGGCACAACUCUGGUGGUUGACCAAAGCCAAGCAGUGAAAUUUGCACUGGACAUUGCCAGUGGUAUGGCCUUCCUCCACACCUUAGAGCCAAUGGUUUCACGACUUUACCUUAACAGUAAGCACGUCAUGAUCGAUGAAGACAUGACAGCCAGAAUAAGCAUGGCCGAUGCUAAGUUCUCUUUCCAGUGUCCUGGUCGUAUGUACUCUCCAGCAUGGAUGGCUCCUGAAGCUUUGCAGAAAAGGCCCGAGGACAUCAAUAGGAGAUCUGCUGACAUGUGGAGCUUUGCAGUGCUACUGUGGGAGCUAGUUACCAGAGAAGUCCCAUUUGCUGACCUUUCACCCAUGGAGAUAGGCAUGAAAGUGGCUCUGGAGGGUCUUCGGCCGACCAUCCCACCAGGAAUUUCCCCUCAUAUCUGUAAGCUGAUGAGGCUCUGCAUGAACGAAGACCCAGCCAAGAGACCCAAGUUUGACAUGAUCGUCCCCAUCCUGGAAAAGAUGCAAGACAAGUGAACGCCUCCUCAGAACAUAGUGCAGUCCUGUUUUACUAUUAUUUUCUAUCAUCAAACCACUCUGUAUCAUCACUUCAGUCGUAUAUCUGCUAAGCCACUGUAAAUAUUAAUAAUGUCAGAGACCACUUUAGCCACCCAGUUACAGUGCUUUUCUUGUAUAAUUUAAAUUUGAGAUAUAAAUGUUCUUUAGCUAAAAUAAUGUAUGUUGCUCUUUUAUUAUGGCUGAACUUAAAUAUUAAUACAUCCACAUGGGUUGUAUUUAGUCAGUCAGACAGAAUUGCUCAGAUGCAAAUCCAAAGAAAUGUGUAUAGAAAUAAUGCUUUUAUACACAUUAUUAAUGCCAAUGCAAUAAACAUUUUAUAUUUAUGA